GGGGGAAGAAUCCACUUUCAGGUUGGGAGAGGAUGGGCUCCGUGAAAUCAGUUGCACCUUAUUUGGGCAUGACCAUAGUCCAAUUAGCUUAUGGUGGAUCCAACAUUUUAGGGAAGCUCGCCUUGGAGCGAGGACUCAGCUACCUCGUCUUCAUCGUGUAUCGUCAUCUCAUCGCCACGGCGAUCUUGGGUCCUCUUGCCUAUGUGCUUGAGAGAGUUAAUUCGUGUAGAAAACAGAGAACAAAACUCUCGUUGUCCAUACUCUUCAAGAUCUUCAACCUCGCGUUGUUUGGGACGACGAUACACCAGAAUGUGUAUUAUGCAGGGCUUGAUUGCACAUCUCCAACAGUGGCAGGUGCCAUGGGUAGCGUUAUUCCUGCUCUUACUUUCACUCUGGCAGUUUUCUUAAGGAUGGAGGAGAUAAAGAUUAAGAAAGCGAAGGGGAGGGCAAAGAUAAUAGGAGCUUUAGUUUGUAUUACUGGAGCUCUUUUAUUUACUUUUUGGCAAGGCCCUCUCCUCCCUGGAUUUGUUAAGAGGCCUUUGAUUACAGUUCAAGGAAAAAAUUCUGGCCAUGGGUCAAAACAUUAUAAAGACGAUUGGAUCAAAGGUUCAGUUCUUAUACUAACCAGCCAUGUUGCAUUUAGUGCAUGGCUCAUUCUUCAGGCAAUGGUUUAUGAGGUUUAUCCUGCAAGAUUAUCGACAAACACCUUGAUCUGCUUCUUUGCAUCACUUCAGUCUUCAGCACUCGCGCUUAUAUUUGAUAGGAAUACGUCCUCAUGGAAAUUAGAUUGGAACAUUCAGCUUCUAACAAUUGUAUAUUCUGGAAUCGUGAUAUCUUGCCUUGCAUAUUACUUGCAAACAUUUUGUAUUAGCAAGAAAGGGCCGGUCUUUGCUGCUAUGUUCAGUCCAGUGCUGCUUGUUGUAGUUGGACUCUUCUCUGUCUUGUUUUUUGCUGAAAGACUUCAUUUGGGCAGCUUGAUUGGGGCUCUUGUCAUAAUUUUGGGACUUUACACAGUGCUAUGGGGGAAAAGCAAAGACUCUGAUGAAGACCACAAAGAAAAUGCAAAAACUUUAUCUUCAAGUACCGAGUCCCAUCCUGUUUAAUGUGAAAAUUUGAGGGUUUGGGUAUGAAUUUUGUAAUAAUCAAAUGGGUUUUCCAAUAAAUAUCCUUUCUGAAACUUUGUGGGGGUGUUUGACAUAGGACCCUAAACUUUGUUUGUCUCAUGUAAUCCCCUCAACUUUAGGACGUCUCACAAACUACUUGAA